AUGCCACCCCCUACCGCCUCCCAAAAGCCCACCGCCGCCAAGGGUAACGGCACCAACGGUGCUGCCCCCAAGGCUGCCGCUGCGGCCACCGCCGACGAGCACACCGGAAAGCCCGACCAGGCAAAGUACAACGCGGACCAGGACGCCCUCAACAAGGAGAUCGCUGCCGUCAAGGCCAAGCUCGACGCUGUGCGCUCGCGCAUCUCGCUCUCGCAGGCCCCUGCCGGUGGCGACCGCCGUUCGCAGCUCAAGUCUGAGAUGGACGCUCUCCGUGGCGAGCAGGGCAAGUUCAAGGCCGACCGCGGCAAGCUCUUCGACGAGCUCAGGAAACUCCAGGAGUCGGUGAGCAAGAAGAUCAAGGACCAGCAGGCCCAGCGCGGCAAGUCGGGCUUCAAGAACGUCGGCGAGAUUGAGGACCGUAUUCAGCAGCUCGAGAAGUCGGUCGAGUCGGGUAUCAUGAAGCUCGUCGACGAGAAGCGCGCUCUGCAGGAGAUCACCACCCUCAAGCGCUCGAGGAAGGCGCUAGAGUCGUCCGCUUCGUCAGACGACGCGAUUGCCGCCGACAAGGCCCGCAUCGAGGAGGUCCGCGCCAAGCUCGACGACCCCGAGGCCAAGAAGGUCAGCGACCAGUUUGACACUCUCAAGAAGGAGAUGGACGAGCUGCGUGCCGAGGGCGACAAGGCGUACCAGGAGCGCAACAAGCUCUACGACGAGCGCACCGCCCACUCGACCAAGAUGGACGAGCUGUACAACGCCAAGCGCGAGCUUGCCCAGAAGUUCCACGACGAGAAGGACAAGUACCACGCCAAGGUCCAGGCCAUCCGUCAGGCACGCAACGACCGCUACAAGGCCGAGAAGGCCAAGGAGGACGCCGAGCGCCGCGAGGAGGAGAUCACCCGUCUGCGCGAGGAGGCUCGCAUGCCUGCGUACGCUGCCGAGAUUGAGGACAGCCGUAUCCUCAUCAACUACUUUGCCGGCAAGUACGGUGUCGGCGAGGUCCCCGAGACCAGCGCCGGCGGCAAGACUGAGGCUCCUGUCCUCGAGGGUGUCAAGCAGCUCGAGAUCCGUCAGGUCGACACCGAGUUCAAGGGUAUGCAGCUCAAGAAGAAGGAGGUCGAGCUCGACGGCUUCUUCGGCGGCAGCAGCAAGGGCAAGAAGAAGGGCGGCAAGAAGGGUGGUGCGUCGGCCAACGCCUCGGGUGCCGCUACCCCCGCUCCCGCUGCUGCGUCGACCUCGGACGCCGCUGUCCAGCUCCCCAUGAACCUGCUGUCUGCUCUCCUCUCGUUCGGCAUCUCCCCCCCUGCUGGCAAGGACGACGUCGCCCGCACCGUUUCGGACCUCGAGACCAAGAAGGCUUGGUUCGAGGCCAACUCGGAGUCCAAGACCAAGUCGGAGAUUGAGCGCGUGGAGAAGGUCGUCGCCAAGCUGCAGAAGAAGAACGCCGACGGCGCUGAGGGUGCCGAGGACGAGGAGGCCACCGAGCCCAAGGAGGAGGAGGAGGCCGCUGCUCCCGCUGCUGAGGAGGCCAAGGUUGAGGCCUAA